AUGACAUCGUUAUCUUCAGAGAGCGACGAAGAUACAAUAUCUAAAAGUAACGCCGAUAUGCCUGUACUUCGAGAUAUAAUCAAUGAAUUAAGUGAAUCGGUGGCUUCUUGUGCACAACCAAGUAAUACUAGUUUUCCAAAGGAGGAUUUUCUCAUUAAAGAAGCUCUUGCUCUAUCGAAUGAGCCUGAAGGCAAUCUCUCAACAGAAAACUUUAACAAUACUGACCAUAUCGAUGUAUCGACAGAUGAUACAUCUGGCAAACGUAUUUCAAUUGCGUUCAAUAGUACAAGUCCUGUAAUCGACUUCGAAUCUGAAGAGCAGUUCAUCGAUGCUACUACUAUCGAACAACUAUCUUCACAAGUCGAUAGUGCACAAACAUGCGUAGUCUCAUCAACAGUAACAGCCACAACGACUAAAGAAAUAUCGACAAAAAAACAACAUAUUAUGAUAAGUUAUAAUAGAUCAUGUGAGAAUACUUGUCGACAAAUUCGUAACCAUCUCAAACAAUUAAAAUACAAAGUAUGGAUAGAUGUAUAUGAUAUGCAUGAUAAUUUUAUUGAUGGAAUGGCAACAGCAAUCCGAAAUUCAUAUAUUGUGCUUAUGUGUAUCAAUCGGGAAUACGAUAAUAGUUUUUGGUGCAAAAAAGAAGCUGAAGACAUUGCUAUAAAAAGAAUCAAGUUCAUUCCAUGUUUUAUGGAAGAACCGUUUCCAUUAGAAGAUUGGUUAGAGUUUCUUGUUGGUGCAAAUGUUUGGAUUGAUUUCUCUAAGGCAGAUAAAUUUGAUGAUGCAUUAGAAAAAUUAAUUAGAGAAAUAACUAUUAUUGAAGAAAAAUUAGCAACAAAUCCUCGAGAAACUCCGACCAACACUCCACUCAUUAAUCCACUAAAUACAAUUGCAUCAAAUCCUACUAUGACAACAUUUAAUACUAUUUGGGGUAAUUUUGAUAGUUGGAUUGAAGAAAAUCGUGAUGAUUUAAAACGACUCAAUCGAAAACAAUCUAUACAACUUAUCAAUCAUCUGAUUCGAGCUUUAAAAAAUGACAAUAGUACACCUGAUGAUCAAAACAAACAAGAAUUUCUACAACAAUUACUUUCAUUCACUUCAUCUGACCAAAAUGAAGGUGUUGCACGAGUCAUUAAUAGUUCAAUUACAUUAAAGCAUCCGAUAAUCAAAGGUUUCAUCUGUAUUAUGAUACUUUGGGCUGUGAGAGUUGUUUUUCAAAAAAAAUGA